AUGAGUGAUGCUGAGUCAGACGUUGAGCCAAGUAAAAAGACGACGAAGAGGAAGGUUGUAGAUAGUUCGUCAGAGAGUGAGACUGCGACGCCAAAGAGUCCCAAGACGAAGCGAACAAAGUCACCACCAAAGAAGCAGGCAAAGACGACGAAGCGGAGUAUCAUCGAAACCACCAACGAUUCCAUUGAUUCCGCCAUUUCUGUCUCCAAGGCCGCAGCGAAGGAAGACGCAGCUACACCCGAAGCUGAAAGCGAGGUCUCGGAUAAGGAGGCGGAUGUGCCUGAUGCCGUUGCAAAAAAAGCAGCCGAAGAGAUCAAGGCUUUCAAGCCGGCCGAGAAGACCAAGGACUGGGAGAAGGAGGGUGUGCCAUAUGCCGCGCUCUGCGCGACGUUCGAGAAGAUCGAGUCUACGACGAAACGUUUGGAGAUCUUGUCCUAUACUUCCAAAUUCUUCCGGACCGUCAUUGCUGCUAGCCCAGGAAGUUUGUUACAAGUUGUCUACCUAACCAUCAACCGCAUUGCGCCAGACUACGAGGGCGUCGAGUUGGGUAUUGGCGAAGGAUUACUGAUCAAGGCGAUCUCUGAGGCGACAGGAAGGAGUAUCGCCCAGGUCAAACAAGACUACCAAGAAACUGGCGACCUCGGCACCGUCGCUCAAAGAUCCAAAGGCAUGCAACCAACAAUGUUCAAGCCGAAACCCCUAACCGUUCCCUCCGUCUUCUCCAACCUGAAAGAAAUCGCGACAACCUCCGGACAGUCAUCACAAGCGAAAAAGAUCGGCAUCAUUAAGAAGUUGUUAAGUUCAUGUCAGGGAAAUGAGGCGAAGUACUUGAUUAGGAGUUUGGAGGGCAAGUUGAGAAUUAGGUUGGCAGAAAAGACGGUGUUGACGGCGUUGGCGCAGGCUGUCGUUGCGAGUGAGGCAGAUAAGAAGGGGAAGAUUGCGAAGACGGAGGAUAUUGUCCAAGGUGAGGAUACGCUGAAGACGGUCUUUUCCAACCUUCCGUCGUAUGAUAUCAUCGUUCCAGAACUUCUGAAUAAUGGAGUCAACGGCCUUGGGGAUAGGUGUACUCUUACCCCAGGAGUGCCGUUGAAGCCUAUGUUGGCGAAGCCUACGAAGGCGAUCACGGAAGUUCUGGACAGAUUCGAGAACCAGAAGUUCACGUGUGAGUAUAAAUACGACGGUGAGCGUGCACAGAUCCACCUCACCCCUGACGGCAAAUCCAAAGUGUACUCUCGUAACAGUGAGGACAUGAGUGGUCGCUACCCUGAUAUCGUGUCGCGGUUGGAGAGAGUUGUGAACGAUGCCACAAAGAGCUUCGUGUUGGAUUGCGAGGCUGUUGCGUGGGAUAUUCAGGAGAAGAAGAUUCUGCCGUUUCAGGUGUUGAGUACGAGGAAGCGGAAGGAUGUGCAAGAAGCGGAUGUCAAGAUCAAGGUUUGCGUGUUUGCGUUUGACUUACUUUACCUUAAUGGCGAGAGUCUUCUGACGAAAUCAUUGUCGGAGCGGAGAACGAAGAUGCACGAGGCGUUCCAGGAGGUCGAGGGAGAGUUCUUGUUUGCAAAGUGGAUGGAUGGACAGAGUAUCGAGGAGAUCCAAUUUUUCCUGGAUGAGUCUGUCAAGGACUCUUGCGAAGGUCUUAUGGUCAAGAUGCUCGAGGGACCUGAGUCCGGGUACGAGCCUUCUAAGCGUUCUCGAAACUGGCUGAAGAUCAAGAAGGAUUACCUCGCCGGUGUUGGAGACUCCCUAGAUCUAGUCGUCCUCGGCGCAUACCACGGACGCGGAAAGAGAACGAAUGUGUAUGGUGCGUUCUUGCUCGGCUGCUACAACCCCGAAGCCGAACAAUGGGAAUCGAUCUGUAAGGUCGGAACCGGCUUCUCCGAAGAAGACCUCGAAAACCACCACAAGGUCCUCAAAGAGCACGUCAUUGUCAAACCGAAGGGAUACUACUCUGUCGCUGAUAGCGGUCCCAACAAACCAGAUGUAUGGUUCGAGCCACGAGUCGUUUGGGAGCUCUUGACGGCUGAUUUGUCGUUGUCACCGACGUAUAAGGCUGCCAUCGGAAUGGUGAAUGCGGAAAAGGGAAUUUCAUUGCGAUUCCCGCGAUACUUGAGGGUCAGAGAUGACAAGAAGCCGGAGGAGGCGACGACAAGUGAGCAGGUUGCGGAGAUGUACCGUGCCCAAGCUAGCACGCAGAAGGCUUCUGGAGGUGGAGCAGGCGGCGUAGAUGAUGAUUUUGAGUAUUAG